AAUCUGUUUAAUCCGACAUGAAUUAUCUAACCGGUCAGUUUCGCCAGGUCUACCGCCGGCAACUGGUUCUCAGUCUACUCAUUCCUUCUCUUACUCCUCUCCAAUCACCCCCACCCUGAUAAACUCUUCGGCCAUGAGUCCCGGCCUGGCACCAGCCCACUCCUCCGGCAUCUCCAUCCAUUAUUUCCGGUGCGUCACUUCACUCCCAACCAAUCAUAACAAAACCCAUCCCAUCCCAAACGCUUCACUUCUCAAGGCCCCAAGCUUCGGCAGGAUCCUCCCUAUAAUCCCCCGAUUCAACCCUCGAUCUCGCUCCGUCUCAGUCUGCGUCUCUGCGGGUUCGACGAAGAAUCUUCCCGCUACAGCACCGGUUGUUCUCGAAAGCGAUUCACAGGAUACAUGGAAUGUGGAGGUUGGAAAUCCGAUCGUUCCGGCGUCGUUUGUUCCGGCGGCCAAAUUGAGUUUGAGCGAUCAGGCUUUCUUUCUCUUGGCCUUCAUUGCUUGUACGACUGCUUUUGCGUUUACUAGCCUUGUCAUUGCAGCUGUCCCAACCCUGUAUGCAAUGAGAAAAGCUGCAAUAUCUCUUGCAAAGCUAGCAGAUACAGCCCAUGAGGAGCUACCUGUGACAAUGGCUGCGAUCAGACUAUCUGGCAUGGAGAUUGGUGACCUUACUCUUGAGCUGAAUGAUUUAAGCCAAGAGAUAGCAGAUGGGGUCAACAAAUCUGCUCAAGCUGUACAAGCAGCAGAAGCUGGAAUUCGUCAGAUCGGUGUUCUUGCUCGCCAGCAGACUAUUUCAAUGAUUCAGGAGAGAGCAAGUCUGCCCAUCAUAUCUUUGCAGCCUGUAGUUGCAGGGGCUGCUAAGAAGACCUCUCAUGCUGUUGGGCAAGUCACAAAGACUGUCAUGAACAUCAUAUCUCGUCGGGAUUUUGGUCAAGUGGACAAUGGGAUUGAUAGGCUGGAAGUUUGAGUAGUUUAUUGUCAGGUAAACGGUGUACAGAUUGUAGACAACUUCAAGCCCAGUUAUUUAUUGAUAGUGCUAAUGCAAUUUACAAAAUAAGUGGUUGCAUAUACCUCAUACAAUAAAAUUUGAUUCCUUCCUCUCA